AUGCAUUUUUUUGUUCAUGAAGAAAUAAACCUUCUUGAGGUAUAUAAGAAUGAUUAAUAUAAUAAAAGGCAGCACAAGAUGGGAAAUUGGAUUUUAUAAAUCAACAAUUAGCUUCAUUAAGUUCUAAACAGCUUUAAGAUGCAUGCUAGAAAUCUGAUUAUUAUGGAAGAAAUGCAUUACAUUAUGUAAAUAGCUGUUUUAUAAAGGCUGCUUAUAGAGGACAUUAUAAAGUGGUAGAGUAUUUUCUUGAUUUACAUUGUCUUGAUUUAAAUUCAAAGGAUAAAUAAGGUAAAAUGUUAAUAGCAAUAUUUUGAAUAGGGAAUUCAGCUCUUGUGUUAGUUUGUGUAAGAGGAUAUAAUUAAGAUAUUGAUGAAUCAACUAUUAAAUAAAGAGAGAAGGAGUAGAUAGCAGAGAGAAAAUACUAAAUUGCUAAAUUACUAUUAUAAAGAGGAGCCACUCUUAAGGAAUAUUUGAAAGAUUACAUAAAUAAUCCUUUACAUUGGGCUUGUUUUUAUGGUGAUUUUAAAUUAACAUAGCUUUUGUUAUUAUAUGAUGCAAAUUUAAGUAAGAAUGAUUCUAAAAUAGUGAUAAAGAAGAACGAUAGAAAAUAAUUUCCUAUAGAUAUAGCAUUAAUAAAAGAGAAAGAUUAAGAGAUUUAAAAAAAAGUUGUCAAAUACUUAAUAGUGAAAUUCUUAGCUCAUUUCUUGAAAAGUGAAUAGCAUAUUCAGUAAUUAAAAAAAUUAGAUGAGAAUAUGGAAGAAAGUGAAUUUGAUUUAAAUUAAGAAAAUAUAGAGAGAGAUAGAGUUGAUAGAUAAAAGUAUGAAACAGUAGGUUUGAACUAUUUAUUUUGGGCAAGUCUUUUAGGUGAUUUAGAUUUAGUUAUUCCAUUAUUAAAGCAAUAAUUCUCACCAUUUGCUCCAUCUUAUAAAGGAAGAAAUGCAGUUCAUGCAGCAGCAUAUCAUGGUCAUGAUAAAUUGAUAGAAAUAUUUUUUGAAUCAGAACAUUAAAAUAAAAAAUUGAAUUUAAAGAAAUUAGUAAACAUUAUGACAAUUGAAAAGCCAUAAACAGCUUUACAUAUAGCAGUAGAAUAAGUAUUAAACAUUAUAUUGAUUUGAUUUUAGGGACAUGAAAAGGUGGUGAGCUAUUUAAUUAAAAUAGGUGCUGAUCAUCAUUUAUAAAAUUUUAGAAAUUAAACAGCAUUUGCAUCAUCUAGAUCCGCUGCCAUUAAAGAACUAAGAUAAAACUUAUUAAAAACAGAAAAGAAUUUAAUUAGAAGUGGAUAUAAAUAUGUACUGGUUGGAACUAAUGCAAGUGAAAAUUUAGUUAAAUAACAACUGGAUAAUAUUAAAAAGAAGGUAAAGAUGGGUAAAUUUAAAGCAGUGCCUAUAAAAUCUUAUAAUGAUUUUUGUUUUUAUUAUAUAAUAAAGGUGUCAAACGAAUUAAAAAAUUUAGUCGCAGAUUAAGAGAAAAUGAUGAUAUAUAAUUUUAAAGAAGGAAUAAUUUGUUAAUUUGAUAGAACAAAAGCUGAUAUGUAUGAGAAUUUUCAUCAUUAUCAUGAUUAAUAAAUUAUAUUAUCAUUGCUUUGUGAUGAAUUUGAUUUGGAUUAAUUUCUUCAUGAUAAAAUAUUAUUAGAUCAUUUUCCAUUACAUGAAGAUGAAGAAAAAAUGUUAAUUUAUAAUUAAUGGAAAAAAGAAAAAUGGGAAUUACUUAAGGAACCAUUAUCAUUUAAAUAAAAUAGAUGUAAAACACCAAGUGCAAUAAAAGCAUAUUUUGGAGCAGAAGUUGGAUUUUUUUUUGUAUUUUUAAGUUUUUUUACAACUUGGUUAUUUAUUCCAGCUGUACCUGGUAUUAUGUUAGGAGUUUAUGUUUAUGCAACAAAUGAAAUAAAUUCAUUAUUUGUUCCAAUAUAUACAAUUGCAUUGGCAGUUUGGGCAACUAUUUUUUUUGAAUUUUGGAAGAGAAAAUAAAGUGAAACUAUGUUUUAAUUUGAUAUGCAUGUUGAAACUGAAGAGAAAUAAUCAAUUCCAUCAUUUAAAGGAUAAUUUUGGAUUGAUGAUGUUACUCAUAAAAUAGAAAUAUAAUAUUCUACUAGGGAUAAAUGGAAAUAUUAUAAAUCUGUUACCCCUUUAGUGCUUUUAGCAAUAAUAUUAAUAGCAGGAGAAUAGAUUGGUUAUUAUUAUAUUAUAAAAUUAAGAGAACGUUCUACUGAAUUUACUAUACUUUGUUCUAUAGGUUUAGGUGUUUCUAUCAAAAUAACAAAUGAUAUAUUUAAUUAUUUCGCAAGAUUAUCACUUGAGUAUGAAAAUCAUUAGUAUUAAAAUGAAUUAGAAGAUGUAUAUAUUAUAAAAGUAUUCUCAUUUGCAUUUCUUAAUUCAUUUGGUAGAUUAUUUUAUAAAUCUGUAAUUGAUCCUGAUGCUGAUGAAUUAAAUAUAAUGUCUAUUACUUUUACUAUAGUUUGGGCUUUAAUGCAUUAUCUGAGAUUCACUAUUGUUCCAUUGAUUUAAUAUUCUGUAAAGAAAUAUUUUUUGAAUAAAGAAUAUGAAUUAUUUUUAGAAGGUAAAUGCAGAAAGAUGUAUACUUCUUAGAUUGCUAGUAUUUUAGAUAAUGAAACUUAAAUUUAAACAAAUAAAAGUUUUGAUAGAAAAAGUAAUGGUUAUAAAAGGUUUCUCAGAUCGGUUGAAUUAAAUAGAAUAAUGAUGUCAACACCUAAUCAUGUUGAUUAAUUCACAUAUUUUGUAAUAAAUUAGAAUAUUUUUAGAUUCUUUAAUUUUGUAUGGUUACUAUGUUCAGUGCCAGUUCAUAAUUAAUACCUAUUGCUAUUUUAAUAUUUAAUUUAAUUAAUUUAGAUGGUCUCUUAUAUGGUUUCAUUACUUUUGUUAAAAGGCCUAGAGCUGAAGCAAAGAAAUCUAUUGGAUUAUGGAAUAGUGUAUUACUUAUAGUUGGAUACAUAGGUACAAUUAUAAAUUGUUUAACUAUCUAUUAUGCUAAUUAAGAUUAAUUAAAUAAUUUGAUUGGGAAAGUUAAUGAAAUAGAUUAAUCAUCAGUAAUUAUAUGUAUAGACAAUAGCAAGCUCUUAGAAAUUUCUUACUUCUUAUUGCUGCUGAACAUAUUGUUAUUGGACUCAAAUUUAUUAUUGAAACUGUUAUUCCAGAUGAACCUGGAUGGGUUACUAAAGUCUUGAAAAGAUAAGAAUAUUUAUUAGAAUAAAUGAUGAAGAACGUCGUUGUUGUUGAUGAAUCUUAAAGUGAAAAAUUAAAAGAUGAAUGA